CGUCGAUGCCCCCUCGGCCGCGCCUGGCGGGUGGCGCGGGCUCCGAGGAGGGCGACUCGUCGGGAGGCUCCGUCAGCUCGACGGGCGACGGCGUCGGCUGCUGCCGCCCGGGCCAGGCGCGCGCAGCCGGCAGCGCCUGCGGCUCGACGAGCUCGCGCAGCUCGGGCGGCAGCCGUCGGGGGCGCCCCGGGUCGCCGUCGGAGCCAGAGGCGCCGCCCCGCCUCGAGCCCGCCGCUCGCGGCGGCCCUCCGUCUGGCGACGGCGAGCGUGGCCAGCUCGUCGCCGAGCUCUUCCGGGAGCUGGCGCAGCCGGGGGAGGC